AUGGGCACAGGUGCUCCAACGGAUACGUGUACAGCUAUGGAGGGAGGGGGUUGGCGUAUCAUCUCUUCGGAUCGAAAGCGACAAAGAUAUACGAAGAAGACGGUGCAAAAAUGGAUGCAGUAUAUGAUUCAGAAUAAAACUGACAAAUGGCAGGACGAUCCCAAUGAACUUUCCGUUCACGGGUUCGAAGCUGCACUCAACCACGGAGGAGCCUUCUGCUCAAUCAAUUCCGUCAAUAAGACAGCCAACUUCAACAUGCUCGGUGGUAGACGGGAUCACUUUACUACCGUGGACUCUUUAACCAAGUCGUUGAUUGCCCUCGACGCUUCCGCGCCCGGUGACAUACUGGCUUGUAACAGCAUGUUGAGCGGUAGUGGCGCCGUGGACGGUAGUGGCGCCGUGGUGAGGGAUAGUGACGGCGUACGUGGUGAAUCCCUCGGACCUACGUUGAGACAUCUGCUACCUGGUGUGACGACUUCUUGUUCGGGAUCUAAUUCCUUGGACGAGACUGGCACGAGUUGCAUCGUUGACACGGGGGGACGGUCCCUAAGCUUCCGACGUUAUGAUACUGACAUUGUCCUACCGCCAUCGGUCGUGAGCAACCCCUUGCCACGCGUGGUUGUGUUUGAGUGCGUGGAUGUCAAUUUGAAGGCCGUUAUGUUCAUCAUGAGAUUCCCACACUCCCCACCGCCUUUGGCACCCGUACUGCCUUUGGGGGUCUCAAACAAAUACUUAGUCAGAUAUCCCUUCCCGGGCGGCAGAAUCGGCCCAGGCGACAGAAUCGGUCCAGCCGUACUGACCCACGGUCCAGGCGAACUGAGCCAUGGGAGUGUAAUGCGUGCAAAUGGAAUGGUUGGAAACAGUACAGGUGGACAUGCGCUCUGUGGAGUUGCAUACCGCUAUAACUCAAGCACAGAGAUCCCCGAGGACGGCUCGGCAUUGCUGUCGGCCACGCUUUCAAACAAUCACAGCCAGGACCGGGGCUGCGCCGAACUGUUCAGUUCGUUCGCAAGAAGUCACUCCGACAUCGGCUCGUCUUCUGCACUAUCGUCCAGUGCACUCUCGUGCAGUGCGGCUUCGGGUGAUGCGCUCUCGUGCGGUGCACUGUCUUCAGCAAUCUCCUCUUCCAUAAUCUCCUCCGUAACAUCGUGCUCGUUAACCUCGGGCUCAGUAACCUCCGCCGUCAGAUCCACCUCCAGGGUACACAGCCGAUGCGGUCAAACACCUCCUGUACACCCGAUCGCAAACGCAGUCGUCGCGGCCAUGGUUGGCCCAGCUGUCCCGGACCGGCGACUGUCGGCCUCACUGAGCCAAGAGGGGUUGCAGUGCAGCAGCUACAACUUCAGUCUCCUUGAAGCAACCGUGGACCCUCCCGGCACCGCACAUUUGGCCGCUGCUCCUGCACAUCUGCCUGCUGCGCCGCGCAUGGACCCCACGAGCCAGUGGCGAAGCCGGCAAGGCCAAGUCGAUGAUUUGCUUGCCUAUGGUCAAGGCGUUACGCACUGUGCAGAAACCUUCUCCCUUCCAGCAGAGUCCUCGUCCCUUGCAGCGGAGUCUUCGUCACUUCCGGCGGAGGCCUUGUCCCUUCCAACUGCCUUGUCUCUUCCCGUGGAGUCCGAACAGGCUGUCAAAGGCGAGAGCAACGAGUCGACCACGGCCUCGGACUCUAGUGCCUGUGCUUCCUUCUUGACCACGUGCACUGCUACUCAUGCGGGGACCCACCUCGACGAAGCGGGUCCUCUCGGCGAGGCGGGUCCUCUCGGCGAGGCGGGUCCUCUCGGCGAGGCCGGUCCUCUCGGCGAGGCCGGUCCUCUCGGCGAGGCGGGUCCUCUCGGCGAGGUGGAGUUGUCGGGCAAGUGUGGUAUGUCCCUCAGCAACAGCUCCACACCCUCCUUGCUCACCAGCCCUCACGCGGCAGCACCGCAGACGUACAACUUGUGGAGCAGCGGAACGUGGGAGAGCGAAGGCGGCGUCUGCGUCGAUAGACCCGCUCAGGGGCUCCAGCGACCCCUGUACGGCGGUCAGGGUCCCACAGGCGAAACCGUCUACUGCAGCUACGACAACCCCGUGUACUCUGGCUACGAUUGUGGAAGCCCACAACUCUGGAACAACCACCAAUCGUUCGGGAAUAACCUCAACGGCGCUAGCCAUGAUCUAGCUAGCGCUGAUCUUAACGGUAAUAACCUCCCUGACGGUAACUUCGGUGAUGAUAACCUUAGUGAUUACGAGGACCAGCAGGUGUUGUCGGUGGCGGACUUCAUGGACAGCGCGGCUUUAAUGGACGACGCUCUGCUCCUGAGCAAACAAGGCUACCGGGCGACAUGCACCUUCGCCACAGAGCGACUCGGACCGCCCGAGGACCUGAACCGAAAAGGCUUGGAUGUGAGCAGUCCCGAGAGACCCGACCCGCCGCGCGGUCGGCGGAAACCAGCCCUCAAGGCCAGCGCCAAACGCAAACCUGGAGUACGGGGCAAGAAGAAGGAGGACCCCUGGCCCCUGACCCUCAGCUCCGACGACGAACUGCCCCAGAAAAGGAAACGCCGCAAACCUGUCGUGCCCCAACCCGAGUAA